AUGGAGGCGAUUAAACUUCAAAAACAAUUUCGAAUAUACAAAAUUGAAAAGGAGAAAGAGAAGCAAAAUAAUCAAAACCUAGAAAAGAAAAGAGUAGUGGAUCUCGUUGAGGAGAUGGAAGAAAUUUCAGAGACAGAGGGAAUUUCAGAGACAGAAGAAACCCUCGCAGAAAUGAUGGCAACGGAGAAGAAUAUGAACACAGCUGGAAGUGAUACAAAUAUGAACUUCACACAAGAAACAGGGGUUCCUACAAAUCCGAAUUUAGAAACAACUCAAACAUCUGAUCUCUUAAUUGAUGCAGUUUUACAAAAGUUACAUGUAAGAACAAAAAAAACAAAAAUAAUAGAAAGAUAG